GGCGUGACCUGUACAGGUGAGGGAAGAAGGGAGCUGAUUGCGGCCACUUCAGGAAGCGCUCACCGUGUGCCGGGAGGGAUAUCAGCUCCUUCAUUCCUAGUGCAGGCUCAGGCAGCUCCUUUAUUUCUGGUGUAGUCUAUUCGGCCCCUUCAUGUCUAGUAUGGGCAUAGGUAGACGGGUGACCCAUUGAGCUCAGGUAGUCAGUGGCACAGGGGUGUGGGUGUAUUAGUGAACACACACCUGAGGAGUCAUCACACAGGUGAGUGAGUGUUGUUGUGGUUGGCUGACCCCUCUGGGUGUUCAUUCUCUGCAAUGAAAGGUUUAAGCCAAUGACAAGCAUGGAAUGUCCCUGUGAUUGUGUGUCUAAUAAGAGUGUUGCUGUUGUGUGUCAGUCUUGCAGUCUAUGUUCACAAUGGGCUGUGUGAAUGCGUGUGUGCGUGACGGCUGGGGAAAGUGUGGCUGGGUGUGCGGGUGAUCGUAUGGGUGAUUGUAUGAGCUUCUCAGAAGUGAGGGUGAGCUUAGACAUCCAGGGGUGUAAUAUGAGUGAGUGACUAGGCUCCUCACCCCAUCCAAAGUUAGCCGCGAGAAGCUUGCGGGGAAAAAGCCGAACGCACCCUAUUCCUACCCCCCUAAAUGUCACCGUGCUGCUUAUUUUUUAAUAAGUAUUUAUAUUUGUGUAAUUUAACAAGACACUUACUGGGGACUAGAAUUUUUGGGAGACCUCAAGAUUUCAUUCUACAGUUGGUUAUUUACGGAACUUUUGGAUAAACCUGCGUAUAUGCGCCAUAGUGGGCUCUUUUGAUCUGGCGUGAAAAAGAGUGGGACUUUGCCAGCCCCUUGGUGCUGGAGAAUCAUCAAGAUGUCGGUGGAGAGAAGGCUGAAGGAUUUGGAGGACCUGGUCCUCAAAGGCCCCCAUGGCGCUGGAUGCCAUUCCUUAAGCGUGGAAACCCUUCUAGACAUCCUUGUCUGCUUGUGUCAAGAAUGCAAUGUAGCAACUUUCCGUCGGGACAAGAACGUGACAGAAUUCCUGGCCUGGGCUGAACCAUUUGCCUCAAAAGUCAAGCAGAUGAGGCUUAAAAGAGAAGACUUUGAGAUUUUAAAAGUAAUUGGAAGAGGAGCUUUUGGGGAGGUGGCUGUAGUGAAAAUGAAAGGCAAUGGAAAGAUAUAUGCCAUGAAAAUCCUGCACAAAUGGGAGAUGCUAAAACGAGCUGAGACAGCUUGUUUUCGUGAAGAAAGGGAUGUUUUGGUGAAAGGAGACACACAGUGGAUUCCAAGCUUACACUAUGCAUUUCAUGAUGAUAGCUACUUGUACCUAGUGAUGGAUUACUACGUUGGAGGAGAUCUGUUGACUCUGCUUAGCAAGUUUGAGGACCGUCUACCAGAAGACAUGUCUCGCUUUUACUUGGCGGAAAUGGUCUUAGCCAUAGACUCAAUACAUAAGCUGAACUAUGUACAUAGAGAUAUAAAACCAGAUAACAUUCUCAUUGACAUGAAAGGCCACAUCAGACUUGCGGACUUUGGGUCAUGUCUGAAGAUGAAACCAGAUGGCAUGGUUGAAUCGUCAGUGGCUGUUGGCACACCUGACUAUAUUUCACCAGAAAUUUUACAAGCUAUGGAAGAUGGCAAGGGGAAGUAUGGAACAGAAUGUGACUGGUGGUCUCUAGGAGUCUCCAUGUAUGAAAUUCUCUUUGGGGAGACUCCUUUCUAUGCAGAGUCUCUUGUAGAGACAUAUGGAAAAAUAAUGAACCACGAGGAACAUCUGCAGUUUCCAUCUGACAUUACUGAUGUAUCUGAGCAUGCAAAGGAUCUUAUUAAGCGACUCAUAUGCCGACAAGAGAAACGCCUUGGAAGAGGAGGUGUCAGUGAUUUUAAGAAUCACCCAUUCUUUAGCGGAGUAGAUUGGGAUAAAUUGCAUACGGCUGUUCCACCCUACAUCCCUGAGGUUGACAACCCAGCAGACACCUCCAACUUUGAUGUGGAUGAUGAUUCUUUAAAAUGUUCGGAAACAUUACCUCCAAAUAACCUUAAUGGGUUUUCUGCUCAUCUUCUGCCUUUUGUGGGAUUCACAUUUACAUCCAAAUGCUCCUUGUCAGACACUGGAACACUGAUCGAAUGUGUCAGUAAUGGUGUAGGAACUAAACUGGGGCAAGAAAAAGAUCAGUAUCAAGACCUCAUGCAAAACACAAUCAACAAAGACAACGAGAUCCGCAGUUUGAAGACCGAAAUAGGAGUUCUGCAAAAUAAAUUAGCAGAAAAGUCCAAGGAGCAGGAUUCUAUUUCAGGAGCACAUAUCCAAUCCCUGGAGAAACAAGUGAAAAUACUCAAACAAGAAAAAGAUCGCUGUACUAAGGAUCUCUCUGAAAUGUUGGAGCAGCUGAAAUCUCAAGGAGUGGAACUUAGAGCGACUCUCGAGAAGCAGAGAAGACUGCAGGAGGAGCUGCGUGCACUGGAUGAGAAGUGUGAAGGCCUCAGUUCCCAAAAUGGUCGUCUGUCUCGCAGGCUUAAUGAAAAGGAAGAUGAGACAGAGGCUGCAGUGGAGAAAGUGAGGCUGUUGAGAAAAGACUUGCAGAAAGCUGAAGCCAGUAGAAGAGAGGCCGAAUCAUUAGCAGAAGAUUUGGCCAUAGAACUGGAAAGGCAGAGGAAGCUACGAGAGAGGAAUGAGGCCCAGGCAGUAGAGGAUCUGGAAAGAGUAAAGACACAGCAUACUGUUGCUUCACCUGUCAUCAGGGGCUCACUUCAUGUUUCUGAGAUGACCCAGCUGAGAUUGGAACUAGAAAGGAGGAGCCAACAAUUGGAGAGCGACCUUUGCCAGUUGCGGGAAGAGUUUACACGUCGGGAAACUGAACAUGCCAAUGAGACAAAAGGGCUCCGUAGAGAACUAGGGGAGAAGGAAGCUGAACUGAUAUCGCUAAGACAUGAGAUGGAGGGAAUGCAGGAGUCCAUCGGAAAAACCAGACAUGACAGUGCAAGAGCAAAAGAGGAUGAACUUCAGGAAAUCAAAAAGACAAAUGAACGGGAGAAGAAUCAGCUGAAGGAAGAGAACAAGAAACUCAAGGAAGAUGUGAAGAGGAUUACUGCCACAUCGGAAAGUAUGACUGCCUCUCAAAGAAAACUGGAGGAAGAAAUACAGUUAUUAGAAGACAAGAAAGAAACGUUGGCAAACUGGGAGGCCCAAAUCACAGACGUUCUUCAGUGGGUGAAUGAUGAGAAGCAGUCUCGUGUAUAUCUACAGGCUUUAUCUGUCAAAAUGACUGAAGAGCUUGAGGCAUUGAAGAGUUCAGGAAAUCAAACGCCGUCCAGCAAGACAGGGGAAAGCCAGUGGAAAGCACGCAGACUGCAGAAAUUAGAGGCUUCAGGACGUUUAGAGCUCCAGUCUGCCCUUGAUGCAGAGAUCCGAGCCAAGCAGACUAUUCAGGAGGAGUUGAACAAAUUCAAAUCUGAGAACCUUGAAACCGAUAGAAAGCUACAUGAGGCAGAUGAAGAAAACAAGAAGCUGAAAGCAGAACUAGAGAAACUGCGUGAGGAAGCCAAGUCAAAGGUUACAGCAGAAAACAAGCCACAACGUUCACUUAUACCGUUUCUGUCAUUUCGCUCUGAGAAGGAUCUGGUCAGUACAGAAUCCACUGAGCUGUCCCAAACAACAUUCAGCAAUGUUAUUAUGAGACGUGGUGACAGAACAGCUGAUUCUGUGAAGAGUAAAGCAAACAGAAGGUCUGUUGGAAUCAUGGAAUAUACAGAAGAACCAUCAGACAAACCCAAGGCACAUGCCUUUAAAGUGAAAAAUUUUGCAUCACCUACAAAGUGUCUGCGCUGUACAUCUGUUAUGGUUGGUGUGGCACGGCAAGGAUUGUGCUGUGAAGUUUGUGGCUACAUGUGCCAUGUGUCAUGUCGGGAGGGUGCCAAUAUCUGCCCUUCACCACCUAGUCAGACUAAGAAGAUAUAUGGAGUGGAUCCAGUGACUGGAAGCGGAACAGCUCUGGAAGGAUACUUAUCGAUCCCCAAGCCAGCUGGCGUAAAGAAGGGAUGGCAAAAAUCCUAUGUAAUCAUAAGCGAUUUUAAGAUCUUUAUAUAUGAUGCCAGCAGUCAAACAAACGCAAUUCUACAGGCCAUUGACAUGAGGGACAGUAAUUUUUCAGUCAGUUCAGUCUUGGAGUCGGAUGUGAUUCAUGCAAACCCCAAAGACAUCCCUUGUAUAUUCCGGGUAACGUUCUUUCAGCUCUCAUCCCCACCCACCACAUCCACUCAGCUCCUGCUGGCAGACACUGAAGUGGACAUGCAGAAAUGGGUUCAGGUACUGAAAGAGCUCAAGUCGCUCCUGAGUGAACAGAAGCCACAAGACCGCUCUGUCCGGUUGCUGAAGGAAGCUUAUGAUAGUGCGUUACCACUAAUAAAAACAGCGCAGUGUGCAGCCAUUAUAGAUCAAGAACGAAUUGCUUUGGGAACAGAAGAAGGACUUUUCUCACUGCAUAUGAAUAAUAAUGAAAUCACUCAGCUGGGAGAUUGUAAGAGAGUACUUUCCUUGCGCUCGAUCUCAGAAGUCCAGCAGCUGGCUGUGCUUGGUGGAAAGAGUCACAGUGUUCGCCUCUUCUUUUGGGACCAGAUACCAGACUCGACUGGAGUGAAGAUCCCUGAGGCAAAGGGAUGUCAGGCUAUUACAUCUGGUCUGGUUUGCCAAGGCUCCACAGCUGUUCUCUGUGCUGCUUCUAAGCGUCAAGUCAUCUGCUUCCAGUUGACAAACCGAAAGGGUCCUCCACGGAAGAUUAAAGAGUUCCAGGCACCUGGAGUGGUGCAAUGCAUGGACCUCUUGGGGGAACGAGUUUGUGUUGGCUAUUCCUCUGGAUUUUCUUUUUACCCUCUCCUGAAUGAAGGAGCUCCAUUUACCUUACCCCACCCAGAUGAACCUAAACUAUCUUUCCUGGCACAGACUGCCCAUGAUGCUCUUUGUGCGGCAAGGCUUACCCUUAGUGAAUACUUGCUGUGCUUUUCCACAUUUGGAGUCUAUGUGAAUGCCGAUGGUAAAAAGUCUCGAUCUCAGGAGAUUAUGUGGCCUGCACCCCCAGUUUCAUGCUCAUACACUUCUCCUCACCUGACCGUUUUCAGUGAAAAUGCAGUAGAUAUAUUUGAUGUACGAAAAAGUGAGUGGAUCCAAACUGUUCAUCUCAAGAAGGUCCGACCCUUAAAUCAGGAGGGAUCUCUCUGUGUUUUUGGAACAGAGAAAGUCCGCUUGGUGUAUCUGCGUAAUAAAUUAGCAGAUCACGAUGAGUUUGAAGUGCCUCAGACAUCAGAUAACAGUCGGCGACAGCUGCUUAAGACUAAAAGCAAGAGGCAUUUCUCUUUCAGGACUACAGAGGAGGAGCGGCAGCAGCAGAGAAGGGUUAUGAUGAAAGAUCCUGAAAUUAGAUCAAAGCUAAUCUCCAAUCCUAAGAACUUUAGUCAUUUGGUACAUGUUGGUCCUGGAGAUGGGAAGCAUCAGUUAAAAGACUUGCCAAUAUGUCCCACUCCUGUAAGUGGCACUAUAAACCCCCUGGUCAAGAAUGAAGAGAAGCUGUGCCUAUCAAUUAACUCAGAGAAAAGGGAUUUUACGGCACAAGAAGAGAAGAGAAACAGUAGUGGACAUGAUGCAGUUGGGACAGAAAGGCCUUUAUCUUCCAGUAGUGAUACUGUAAAACGAAGCUCCUGCAGCUCCCAGUCAGAGGAUUCUCUUUCUUCACCUCUCAGCCCCAUUCCCUCGUCUGAUAAUGUAAGUGAGAUUUAUGACCACACCAGCUUUUUAAACCUUUCUAAUACCUCAUCCUAAAAGGAUUUGUCUACUCUUGUAUCCAGUGAGGUCCGUUCUAAUCACUGCCAAAUCCAGGAAAUGCAUGCCUGAUCUAUCAGCCAAAUGAUGGAAGAAGCAACUCUAACCAAAGCCAUCCUGGAUGUGACAGUAGAAGAUCCUGCAUGUAACUUUGAACAGACUUCUUAAAGAAGUGGUGCCAAGAAAUACAGAUUUGUAUCAUCACUAGAGAAUAUUGAAGAGUUUCAUUUUAUAGUGUCUGUUUUAUAAGUGUAAUUUUUGUUAAAUUUUAUAAAGCCGGACCACCCUUGCUGGGGACCCCACGUUGAGUCUUAUAAAUAAGAGAUAACCCCUGCAAGUAUUGUAAUUACUUUUUUAGAAAUUCACUUGGUAACUAAUAUAGUUUUUUCCUCCCUUUAUGACUUGCAUUUGUACACAAUUAUUAUUACUUCCUGCCCAUUCAGGCAAAUAAAACUAUACUCGAAUUUGCCUUAAACAAUCCAGGUCUUUGAUAAAACCCAACACCAGCCAAUGUUCUUUUUUAAAUAUAAUGAAGAAAUGUUAGCUCGCAAUAAUAAAAAAAGAAAUAUGUCUGAAAUGUCCAGCCUAUUGUGUCCACAUGUUUUGGCUGGAGAUGGUUUCUAAUGUUCAGUAUUUUGGAUACCAAUGGGUCUCCUACUUGGCAGGAAUAGAUUGCAAGAAGGUCACAAAUCAAACUUUAGUAUAACUUGAGUCUGUAUUUUGUUCCAGUCCAUCACAAACAAAUCAAUGUCUUUCAAUAACUGAAUUGCAAAAUACAUAUGUUUUUUAUGGAGUUUAUUAUAUUAUGUACAAGGGGAAAAAAGAGACCGUAAAUAAAUUCUGACUUGGAAAGUG